CUCUCGGGCUCAGCACUGGGCGAAUCCUCCGCUAGUACGGAGACGACCGGGCUCUCAAGAUGGCGGCCCCAUGCGGAAACAGCGUCAGGGAGCAGCCAUGUUGCUUCCUGAACAAAGCUUCUGAAGAUGCGGAACGGGCAAAACCGCCCCGUACGGAACGGCGCAGCCUCGGGAGCCCGGUGUGGUGCUCGCGGACAGGAAGCGGGAGAGUUUGCCAAUAUGGAUGUGACAGCGGUUCCCAUUAAGCGGUGAUGGUGGUUUUGGGACCUGAUAAUCGAGCUGGGAGUCAGAGGCGGGAUGUGUGCAGUGAAGGAUCUGUUUUGAUACCCCCAUAUAAAAUAAUCUGUCUGUCAUGGGAGCCCCCACGUCCUCUGAAAUAGUUCAGCUCUGUCUGCAUGACUUGUCCUGGGCCUGAGGAAAGUUUACCAGUCAUCUGGCCUUUUGGAAGAGAGCAAAAAAUGAUGAAGUCCCAGGGGUUAGUAUCAUUCAAGGAUGUGGCUGUGGAUUUCACCCAGGAGGAGUGGCAGCAACUUGACCCUUCUCAGAGGACCCUGUACAGGGAUGUGAUGCUGGAGAACUACAGCCACCUGGUCUCAAUGGGGUAUCCAGUUUCCAAACCAGAUGUCAUCUCCAAGUUGGAACAAGGAGAAGAGCCAUGGAUCAUAAAGGGAGACAUAUCAAAUUGGAUCUAUCCAGAUGAAUAUCAGACAGAUGGGAGACAAGGGAAGAAGAGUAAGCUUCACAACUCCCAGUCCUGUAUUUUGGGGACAGUUUCCUUCCAUCAUAAGAUAUUGAAAGGAGUCACAAGGGAUGGUUCAUUGUGCUCCAUUUUAAAAGUCUGUCAAGGUGAUGGUCAGCUGCAGAGAUUUCUAGAUAAUCAAGACAAACUCUUCAGGCAGGUCACAUUUGUUAACAGCAAAACAGUGACUGAGGCAUCAGGGCAUAAAUAUAAUCCAUUGGGGAAAAUAUUUCAAGAGUGCAUAGAAACUGAUACAUCAAUACAGAGAUUCCAUAAAUAUGAUGCAUUUAAAAAGAACUUAAAACCAAAUGUUGACCUACCAAGUUGUUAUAAGAGCAAUUCAAGAAAAAAACCUGAUCAGAGUUUUGGAGGUGGAAAAUCAUCUAGCCAGAGUGAGCCCAAUUCUAAUCUUGAGAAGAUUCACAAUGGAGUAAUACCUUUUGAUGAUAAUCAGUGUGGAAACGUUUUUAGAAAUACACAAUCCCUUAUUCAAUAUCAGAAUGUGGAAACUAAAGAGAAAAGCUGUGUAUGCGUUACAUGUGGAAAAGCCUUUGCUAAGAAGUCACAACUCAUUGUACAUCAAAGAAUUCAUACUGGAAAGAAACCAUAUGAUUGUGGUGCAUGCGGAAAAGCCUUCAGUGAGAAGUUUCAUCUUGUUGUACAUCAGAGAACUCAUACUGGGGAGAAACCUUAUGAUUGUUCUGAAUGUGGAAAAGCCUUCUCUCAGAAAUCAUCCCUUAUUAUACAUCAGAGAGUUCACACUGGGGAAAAACCCUAUGAAUGUAGUGAAUGUGGGAAAGCCUUCUCCCAGAAAUCACCCCUCAUUAUACAUCAGAGAAUACAUACUGGGGAAAAACCAUAUGAAUGUAGAGAGUGUGGGAAGGCCUUUUCCCAGAAGUCACAGCUGAUUAUACACCACAGAGCUCAUACUGGAGAGAAACCAUAUGAGUGUACUGAAUGUGGGAAAGCCUUCUGUGAGAAGUCCCACCUCAUUAUACAUAAAAGAAUUCACACUGGUGAGAAACCCUACAAAUGUGCUCAAUGUGAGGAAGCCUUCAGCAGGAAGACAGAACUCAUUACACAUCAGUUAGUUCAUACUGGGGAAAAACCUUAUGAAUGUACUGAAUGUGGAAAGACAUUCUCCCGCAAGUCACAGCUCAUCAUACAUCAGAGAACACAUACUGGAGAAAAACCCUAUAAAUGUAGUGAAUGUGGCAAAGCCUUCUGCCAGAAGUCACAUCUGAUUGGACAUCAGAGAAUUCACACAGGAGAAAAACCUUAUAUAUGUACUGAAUGUGGGAAAGCCUUCUCUCAGAAGUCCCACCUUCCGGGACACCAACGAAUUCAUACAGGAGAGAAACCUUACAUAUGUGCUGAAUGUGGAAAGGCCUUUUCUCAGAAGUCAGACCUUGUUUUACAUCAGAGGAUUCAUACUGGGGAAAGACCCUAUCAGUGUGCUAUAUGUGGGAAGGCCUUCAUCCAGAAGUCACAACUAACUGUACACCAGAGAAUUCACACAGUGGUAAAAUCAUAAUGAACUGGCCACAGAAAAGCCUUAGUAUUAGCUCAAGCCUUAAUAAUUACUAGAAACCCAAUUAAUUUGAUAAGCUUGGGGACAACAUCCCAAUAGAUAAAAAUUUUUAAGGGAAUUUGUUUCUAGUUUGGUGAUGCCUAACUUUUCCAGCAAAGAUGAUGGAAAAUAGUUAUAUAAAUGAACAUUUUUAAUAUGGCAUGUAAAGCUUUUAAAGUUAUGAACUCAGUGAUCAGCACAGCAAGUUAAGCAUACAGAAUAUUGUCAAGUUGCAUAUUCCUUAUACUACAUAAUGAUAAUCAGCCAUUGUGAAACUGCUAAUAUUAGCUUGUCAUAAUUAUGGCCAUAAAGUAAUUUUUCUAUAAAAGACAUGGAAGAAAGCUUGAGUAAACAACAAAAUAAAACCUAUACACUAUUUUAAGAAGGAGCUUGAGCAGGACCCCUAAAGCAACAUGUAAAGUUCUUGUACAAAAAAUGGAAUGAUAGGUUGAUCAGAUUCAGUAAAGUUGAUCAGUAUGCAUUUUCCCAUCUCAAGCAUAUAGGUUGACCUGCAUCUCUGGAAGGACCUUGAGAUUGAUGCAUUUUGAGCAGGUCUCCCUUUUACUCUUCCCAACUGGGAACUUGGAGCUGAAAACCAUUGGCACUGAGGCCAGAUGGUCUUGGGUUUAAUCCUGGCUCAGUGCCUCACAGAUUGUGUGACUUUAGGCAAACAUACUUCCCCUAUCUGAGUAUUUUUUAUCAAUAAGUACAAACACAAUGCAGAGCUCAUUUUCAGUUAAUAUUAGUACUUUUUAAAUCUUUACUCUCUAUCUUGAAGCAUUAGAUGUUAAGACUAAUGUGUAAAAACCAUGUCUGAACUUGCUUUUCCCUCUGGACACUCUGCUUUUGAUUGCCUAUCCCUAUAAGUGGCUCAUUUUACUGUCUUCUGAUCCUGGUGGCCUUAUUUUUGCUAUGUUAAGGUUAUGUUUUUUAAUACUUGCAUUUAUUAUUUUCAUAUACUUCUAUAAACCAUGGUGAUUGCACAUAAA